AUGAAUGCGAAUCUUUUACAUUUGCUUUUAGCCAUUGUGGUUACUGCCAGAAUUACCGACAUUCAUGCUUAUCGUAAAGGCCAUUUCGACAGACCUGUUGAUGAACGUGACGCAAAGGAAGGAAUAAACGACUUCGAUGAUGAAUACGAUGAAGGAAACAGAGAAAGUAACGAAAUCAAGUACAAUGAUCCACGUGAUAAAAUGGACAUUUCUUCCGAAUACGAUAUCGAACAACUCUGCUCAAUAACGGAUAGUCUCGAGCAAUACUACGAAGGUAACUGCAUGAGCAGUAACAGUCAAAUUGUUAAUGAAGAUGACGUGAAAUCAGCACACGACGAGAUGUCCUUCGACAAUCAUCCUGAUGAAAGUGAAGUCAUCGAGAAUCAUGACAAUGUUCCAGAUGGUACAGUGGACAUUUCUACCGAUUUAGACGAUCAUAUACAACACAUGUGUACAGUCAUAUAUAAAUUUCGUAAGUCUAAUUUUUUUGUGUGAAUGACAUCAUUUACAUUACGACGAAUCUAAUGAAUUUCCUUCUCUCAAAUGUUAGUUCACUUUCAAAUUCAACAAUGUACGGGCAAAUCAAGUCAAUGUAAGUUGGAUUUCAUUUCCUUUUUAUUCUGUCUGUAAUUAAGGCUGAGUUGAUUUAAGACGUAAAAUUAUACAUGGCACAUGUACACAAUCUGCUUUCUCUCACACGUUAUUAUUGAAGACGAAUAUUAAUUUAUCAGUCAAUUUGAGACUGGAUAGUGUUGAAUGCUUGAUAAGCUCAAUAAGCGACGUAACAUUCGCGUGUGGGAUCCGGGUUGGAGUCAAAAGCGUGCACUUCUGAGUAGUCUCUUACUAGAACAAAUCCUCUGUGUUGUGCUCAGUGGUCUACAAUGGUUGCUCGAACAAAAUCGGUUGACUAUUUAAACUACCGGAUGACGAGUGUCAAAUGAGAUUUACUACUAAUUAUCGAUAUGCAGAAAACAAGCAAAUAAAUCUUAUUCACAUUCGAAAAGUCUUAACAAGUCUACGUUUAUCAAUUAUCUAGUUGUUAAUGAAGAUGACGUGAAAUCAGCACACGACGAGAUGUGUAAGUUAUGACAAUACUUUUAUUUGAGUUUAACGAGCUCAACUUGACUCGAAAAUUUGAUAAUGGCUCAAAACGUAUAUCGCUUUUUCCGAUCAAAUAAUUAUGGUUUAAAAGUAGAUAAACGUGCAAGGAUGUUUAUCACAAAUCAUUCACAUGUGAGAGAGGAUCCAAAUAUCCAGUAAAUCUCUGGUAACAAAAACAAGAUAUACCAAGUAAGUCCAUAUGAGAAGGUUGUGACAAAAACUGUGUGCAUAAAAUUCACAACAAUUCCAUAGCGAAUUAUGUCAUGUUUAAAGGUGCUGUGUAGCAUCAUUCAAUUAUUAUAUUGCAGGUAUCAAGAACUCUUUCAAGUAGGGUGACCACAAGGAUGUGACACACAUUCGAUAGUCACUUUCUUGAAUCACCAAUAAUCUUUAUAAUAGGGGAAGAUUACAUCAAGCUCACUUAUUGAUCUAAGGGUAGUGAGAAUAUUUCUAAUCAAUGUGAGCGAAAGUCAUUCGCAAGUCAGAUUAGAAGAGGAAGUCAAUGUGAGCGUCGUUUCUCACCUCACAUUGUCUCUCUCGCUGCAGACGAACAUUCGACUCGAUUUGUUUUGAAAAAUUGAAACAGCAUUUCGCUGUCAAUGUCUAGAGCUUUGGUGGACAACGAUUAGUAGUGACCAACCACGAAUAGCAUGAAUAAAUCUUGUCGACAUUUUGAUGAACCUAUCGUCUUUCGAUUUAUUAUUUUAAAGCCUUCGACAAUCAUUCUGGUGAAA